UUCUAUCGUUCGAUUCCCAGUUCAGCUUCGGCGCAGUGAAUUCGGAAAUGAAGGCUACGGCGUCUUGUGUUGGGUUAUUAUUACUGUUUGCUUGGUUUUCUCCAAGCAGAGCCCUUUAUUUCCACAUUGGAGAGACAGAGAAGAAAUGUUUCAUAGAAGAAAUACCCGACGAGACAAUGGUGAUAGGGAAAUACAGAACGCAGCUAUGGGACAAACAGACAGGCUCUUUCCUUCCAGCAACGCCUGGCUUGGGCAUGCAUGUUGAGAUUAAGGAUCCGGAUACAAAGGUCAUUUUGUCUCGUCAGUAUGGUUCAGAUGGCCGCUUCACUUUCACCUCCCACACGCCAGGCGAACAUCAAAUCUGCCUCCAUUCUAACUCUACGAAGAUGGCACUUUUUGCUGGAGGAAAACUGAGAGUACACCUGGAUAUUCAGGUGGGUGAGCACACAAACAACUACCCAGAGAUAGCAGCCAAAGAUAAACUGACUGAGCUGCAGCUGAGAGUGCGGCAGCUUUUGGACCAAGUGGAGCAGAUACAAAAAGAGCAGAACUACCAGCGGUAUCGAGAGGAGCGCUUCCGUAUGACAAGUGAGAGCACGAACCAGCGUGUCCUAUGGUGGUCCAUUGCCCAGACCAUCAUCCUCAUCAUCACUGCAAUCUGGCAGAUGCGGCACCUCAAGAGCUUCUUUGAAGCCAAAAAGUUGGUGUAAAACUCCUAAGACGAAGUGCGACAUACUGUUUAGUGGGGAAAAAAAACACAGACAGACAGACACAUAGUAAUGUUUGACGAGUUUGUUUUUGUUGUACUUUGAACAUUUAGGUUAUGUUUUUACCAGACUAAAAUUCCCCCUUGAUUGAUUUACUAAACAUUUUUAGGCUAUUAAAGCCUGAAUAUUUUCCUGAGUGUUA